AUGCCUUUUGCGGCGUCUCAGGCGUAUCCUCCCCCCCUGUGGACGCCUGCAACGGCCAUGGCGUUUGCGUCUUGGACGGCCCCAGCAACACGUCCACCUGCCUCUGUGACGAGAACUAUGUGGUUGGGGAAUUACCUGGCAGCUGCCUACCUGUCGCAGCUCAUCGGGGACACCUGCGGCCGCCAGCUUGCCUUCUCCUCCUUCUUCUCCUUCACUCUCACCCGCCAAGCCGCCUCCGGCUCCGAAGGCUUUGCCGUUGUGGUGGCCUUUGAUUCGACCCUGCCCACAACACCGGCUGCGAGCGGCAUGGGGUAUGCGGGGAUGGGAGCGCGCAGCGUGGCAGUGGAGUUUGACACAUCCAAGGAUGCAGGCAACAGCGACCCUGACAGCAACCACGCUGGCAUCAACAUCGGCGGUAGUGUAAUGUCAGUGGUCACAGCCAAGCCCAGCUUCCCCCUCAAUGACGGCAAGCACAAGCGCAUCUCCCUGGAACAAUAA